AAAAAAAUGAAGGUACAAAAGCUUAACAAGUAACACCAGUGGUAGCGAAGCGAAGCCGAUACACACACACACAGAAGCUAAACCCUAGGUCUCCUCCGCCGCACUCACAAUGGCAUCGAUGAUGCAACCGCAGAUCAUACUGCUUAAAGAAGGCACAGACACUUCGCAAGGAAAACCGCAGCUAGUAAGCAACAUCAACGCCUGUAUGGCGGUGGCUGAUGUGGUCCGUACAACCCUAGGUCCCAGAGGCAUGGAUAAAUUGAUCCACGAUGACAAGGGCAACACCACUAUUUCUAACGACGGCGCUACCAUCAUGAAGCUUCUUGAUGUUGUUCAUCCCGCCGCUAAGAUCCUUGUUGAUAUUGCCAAGUCACAGGAUUCAGAGGUUGGUGAUGGAACGACUACUGUAGUUCUCCUUGCCGGUGAGUUCUUGAGAGAGGCCAAGCCAUUCAUUGAAGAUGGCGUUCAUCCUCAAAAUCUGAUACGAAGUUACCGAAUUGCUUCUAACAUGGCAAUUCAAAAGAUUAAAGAAUUAGCUGUAAGCAUAGAGGGAAAAAGUUUAGAUGAAAAGAGAAGCUUAUUAGCAAAGUGUGCUGCUACAACACUCUCGUCGAAGCUAAUUGGAGGGGAGAAGGACUUUUUUGCAACAAUGGUUGUGGAUGCCGUCAUUGCAAUUGGAAGUGAUGACAGAUUGAACAUGAUUGGAAUAAAAAAGGUUCCUGGUGGUACAAUGCGGGAUUCAUUUCUCGUCAAUGGUGUCGCGUUUAAAAAGACCUUUUCAUAUGCUGGGUUUGAGCAGCAACCCAAAAAGUUCUUAAAUCCAAAGAUAUUACUAUUGAACAUUGAACUGGAACUAAAAUCAGAAAAAGAAAAUGCUGAGAUAAGGCUUUCAGAUCCACUGCAAUACCAGUCCAUAGUUGACGCAGAAUGGAAUAUCAUAUACGACAAGUUGGAUAAAUGUGUAACGAGUGGCGCAAAAAUUGUUUUGUCACGUCUGGCUAUUGGUGAUCUGGCAACACAGUAUUUUGCAGACAGAGAUAUAUUCUGCGCUGGCCGAGUUGCUGAAGAUGAUCUGCAUCGUGUUGCAGCUGCUACUGGAGGGACUGUACAGACAUCGGUCAACAAUGUUAUAGAUGAGGUUCUUGGGACUUGUGAGAUUUUUGAGGAAAAACAAGUUGGAAAUGAACGGUUCAACAUAUUUAACGGUUGUCCUUCUGGGCAGACAGCUACUAUUGUUCUUCGUGGUGGAGCUGAUCAGUUUAUUGAGGAAGCUGAGCGGAGUUUACAUGAUGCAAUCAUGAUUGUGAGGAGGGCGAUGAAGAAUUCCACAGUGGUUGCUGGUGGGGGUGCAAUAGAUAUGGAGAUAAGCCGGUACCUGUGGCAACAUGCACGCAAUAUAGCUGGAAAGUCCCAGCUGUUUAUAAAUUCGUUUGCUAAAGCACUUGAGGUUAUUCCACGACAACUUUGUGAUAAUGCUGGAUUCGAUGCAACUGAUGUACUCAACAAACUGAGGCAAAAACACGCCCUUCCUUCUGGUGAGGGUGCUCUUUAUGGAGUAGACAUCAACACAGGUGGAAUUUGCGACUCCUUCGCCAAUUUUGUGUGGGAGCCAGCACUGGUGAAGGUGAAUGCUAUAAAUGCUGCAACAGAGGCAGCAUGUCUUAUCUUAAGUGUUGAUGAAACAGUGAAGAACCCAAAGUCGGAGAGUGCGCAAGGAGAGGCUGCUGGGGGCAUGGGCAGAGGACGUGGCGCUGGACGCGGAAGAGGGAUGCGCAGACGUUAAGCGUUUUGUUUCUUGUUUUGGUUUGAUUUUGAUAUUUGUGUGAACGAGAUAACUUUGUUUGGUGCUUGUGGGACUUGCUUUUUGUAGCAAUAGGAUCAAUUUAAAUGUAUGGAUUAUCGAAUAGUUGAUAACAAAAUCUUGUUUCAGUUAUAAACUUACGUGGAGGGAUUAAAAGCUACAACAGUAUUAUCCUCGCGAAUACUGUUUAUUUUA